AUGAAUGAGGAAUUGAUAACAAAGGCUAGGCAAUCACAGAGACUGUGGGAUACAUUGGUACCGGAGAGAAGUUGGAGUAUAAGAUCUCCAGGAUUCAUAAUACUAGCUUUAACCACUGGAGCAUUAUACUGUUUCAAUCGCUACUACGAGGAAAAAAUUGGCUGCGAUGACAUGACGUCUCUGGAGGAGAAAAAUCGUUUGGAAGCGGAAAUAAAGCGCUCCUUGCGAUCUAAAAUCAUAUGA